AUGCAAAGUGUCACUUUCCACAGCGUUUUAGCCAAGGACAGUGUCCCCGUAAAGUUUUUGCGGGGUUACGGGGGCCCCCGUAAGGUUUUCGGCCAGUACAGGAGCCUGGUACGGGGGCCCCUCCGUAAGGAAAAUUUGGGAGGUUCGGGGGAUCCCGCAAGUUUCGGGAAGCGCACCAUCUUCACCGCUGGUUGCAGCCGCCUUGCCAGCAGCCUGGCUAAUUGCACACACGUCCAGCUUCGUUGGAGCGCUGGGCGCGAUCAUUACCUUUACUACUGGUGUAUCCCUCGUGAUGUCGUAGAUGACGACACGACCUGA